UAUUUACUGCCACCCUUUGUAUACUAUUUGCGUAACGCUAUAUGAAUGGCAAACGUUCAAGUAUUGAUGGUCCAGAAAUUAUCUUUUGAAAAAGUCGCAUGAGCUAAUGUUAGCUAUAAUUAGCAGAACGAGCCAUCAUGAAUGUUAACUAUCCUAACUAGCUAACUUACUUUCCACAUUAUUUUACUAGAUACAACCAAUUUGCAGUGUCUUUAUGUAGUUGGCAAGUAUGUGAGUUUACUGAAGGUUAACCCAGCCGGCAGAUGGCGAUAUUGAGUCGUUUCAUCUUACCGUCCAAAGGGACUGCAUGCAGCCGGCUAUACACUCAUAUCCCCUGUGGACCAGUUUGUAGAUAAAACAUUCUUCAUUCAGGGUAAAAAUGCGUCGAUUUACUCCUUAAAAAGAUUUUAAUGGCGAAGGAGGAAAGAAAUAGCUGGCUAGCUAGUUUUAUGUUUUGGUCAUUUAUUCCAAUAAAUUUCCGAAUUCCCAAAAAAUGUUUAUGAAGCUAGCUAGCUACGUUUUAUAGGCUCCCCAAUGAGUCAGCCACUUUGAACAUCAUAUUCCCAUUGGCCACCGCUAAAAUCUGUCAUUUAUAAUAUAUAAUUUUUUUGCUUGCAAGCUAGCAUUGUAAUUUUUUCUCCCAUGCCGAAAAAUGCAGCGUUGAUUACAUUUGACACUUACUUCACGGCCACCGACAUUUGACACGCCACUACUGUUUGCAUUGAAUUGUGGGUCAUAUCAACCCCACAAGUGAUCAAAGUUGGUCCCUCAAGCUAAAUCAAGGGCUGAGGGGGCAACGUUUGUGAAUUGGACUGCCACUUAAGAUGGCAACCAAAUUGCAUCUGGUUUCAACAGGGAUUCCCCCGAGGGAAAGUAGCUAGUGCGAGGGUUGAGGGGGUUAAAAUAACACGAAAUAACAGGACUGUUUCAUAAAGAAAUUAUGCACAUAAUGGAUUGCCAUUAAUUAUGCACAUAAUGGAUUGCCAUUAAAUCCAGUUAAGGAGGAAAUCGAUGCCUUUGCAGCCUGAAUGGAGAAUGUUUUAUGUACGAACCGGUCCAUGGGGAUACAAGUUUAUAGCCGGCUGCAUGCAGUCCCUUUGGACGGUAAGAUCAAACGAUUCAAUAUUGCCAUCUACUGGCCUUUGGGCUAUCUGAAGGGUCCUGAGUGGAGUAGACAUGGCUGACCAGGAAACUGGGCCCAAUGGGCUGGGUAAGAGGGCUGCAGCAGGUGCUGCGGUUUUCAAAGUGCGUGAGGCUGCAAUGGCUAUUCUUCAAAACGAAUCUACUGGUAACCUGAAAGUACAAAAACGGAUUGCCCCAUCGACUCCUUUAAUUGUACCAGAACCUUCCCUGAAGCCGUACAAGCGGCCACCCACUCUGCUAUUGCCACCUUCGUACAGCGCCAAUCCAGUUGGAGGAUUUACCUGUGAGGUGUGCGGCCAGAACUUCUUCUCUUUUCCUCAGAUGGUGAGACACAAACAGUUCCACGACGAAGAAAGGCCCUUUCCCUGUGGUGUGUGUGGGAAACGUUUUCUGAGCCGCAGCCACUACACUGAGCACCAGCGUGUUCACACUGGGGAGCGCCCCUUUCCCUGCGACCAGUGUGAGCGCUCGUUCACCACACACCACAACCUGAAACGUCACCAAACCAUCCAUGCCAAAGAAGAGGCGUACCGCUGCCGGAAAUGUGGCGUGCUCUUCUGCCAGCGUCACGAGUACCCCAGGGGCAUACCCAGACCCGACCUCGAGACUCGACCUGGGUUUGAGUCCACGUCCACGAUGCAGCCCACACCUCCCAUUCAGGUCACACUCACACCCAAGCAGCUUAAGAAGCUUAAGAAGAAGCUUAAUAAGAAGAGCCAUGAUCUCUCAACCAAACAUGAUCAUUCUAAGAAGAAAAAAAGAGGAGAGUCAAACAUCCAGGCCCAGCAGAGAAAGUUCAUUAUGUGCCUCAAGAGGAACUUUGGCCUGUGUUGUUAACUAAAGGAGAAAAAUUGCAAAAAGUUGCUUAUGACAUUGAGGUUAUUAUAUGAUCCCACAUGAUGAUAAAACAAAUGGGAUAAUUAGUCCGAUCAUGAUUUUAAAAAAAGAAGUUUGUUUUGUUUCAUCUCCAUCUGAAGUUAUACCUUGAAACACUUGUUUUGCCUCGCAUCAUGAUUUUGGUAUUUAUUCCUUCAUGAGUUUGAGAAAAUAACUUUCCACAAUUGAGCAUAAUUUUGAAACAUUCUGUCAAGCAUUUCAAAUGAUUAACUGUCCUCUGAAAUGUUAUGGUUUUGCUUUUGAGAUCUUGACAUUUUUUUUGUAUUAGAAUAGAAUAUCUACAUUUUUGAGUUAUGAUUGAUUGUUGUUUUGAUCCAUUGCCAUGUAAUGGCUAGUGUCCAUGCAUUAUUAAAUGACAUGCUAUUAAACUAGUUAACUCCUCUGAUGUGGCACGUCAAAAUGUAUUUCCAUAUCAUAUAAUGUUCAUCUGCUUUUUAGAUUAUGUUCAUAAAGGCCUGUAGGGUUUCUCUCUGGGCCUUAACUAUUGAGUUGUCCAGAAAUUGCCUUCAAUUUAUGUACGCAUAAAUAAUCAUGAUGCAUUGUUGUUAAUUACUAAAUGUACCUGUCAUAAGAACAAGUGAAUCCCUAUAUCUGUAGUCUGUGUAAUGUGGACAGUGUUGUUACAUUUGGGUAACAAAGUCUAUGUAUGUCGAAAUGAUAGUCUCCAGCUGAAUUCUGUAUAACUACCUCAGGCUGAUUGUAAAUGUAUUUUUUUAAUUGAUAAUAGGAUUACUUACACAUG